AGACGUUGUCCCAGACAGCGUUUAACUCUGGAACUAUAAACGCUGUCUCAGACAGCGUUUAAGGUUAUUAAUGAAACGCUGUCUAAGACAGCGUUUCUGUCGUUUUUUUUUUUCCAUCAAACAGCGUAUUUCAUUUCAUUUCCUCCUCCUUCAUUCUCAAACCCCUUCUUUCCCAAACUCUAACUUAAUCCCCCUCUCUCUCAUACUUGUGCUCCUCCGUGUAGACCGCCGCCGGCGCCGCCACCUCCACCGUCGCCCGCCGUCACCUCCACCGUCGCCCUCCGUGUAGCCCACUAUACACUCCCCUCACCCUGAAAUAGGUAUUCAUUCAACUUUCUUUGUGUUUUAAAUUCUAGGGUUUAUGUUGGUGAUUUCUAAUUUUUUUGGAAUUGGGUUAAAAUGUUGAUGAGGUUGAGUUGUUAGUGUUAAAAAUGUUGAAUUGUUAGUGUUGGUAAUGUUGAAUUAUUAGUGUUGGUAAUUGUUGAAUUGUUAGUGUUGAUAAUGGUAGUGUUGAUAUUGUUAGUGUUGAUAAUAGUUUGGAUAAUGUUGAAUUGUUGUUGUUGGUUUUGUUGAAAAUUGUUGACAAUGGUUGAUAAUUAUUAGGUUUUGAACAAUUGUAAUUACCUACAUUGUUGUGUAAUAAUGGUGAUUUAGGGGUUCUUAGUAGUUAAUUUGUAGAGUAUGUAAAAUUUUUUUGUUUGAUUGUGGUGAUUUAGGGAUGAUUUAACGGCUUUACGUAAAAUGUGUUUUGGUUGUUAUGUAGAAUAUGGCUGGACAAAAUGUAGCGUUGUUAUGUCGAUGGGGAGGUGAAAUUUUGUGUAAUGGAUCAAAUGUGGAGUACAGUGGAGGGAAUAUGGACCUUAUAACACUUGAACCGAACAUGAUUGUGACUUAUCUGAUGAAUGAGGUUCACAGUUGUAUUGGUUCAAACCCUAUGGCUGUUGAACUGAACCUUACAAUGAGGUGUGAUACUGGUCAUGGGGUGCAAGUGUUACCUGUCUCUACGAACAGACAUUUGAAAGGUUUGAGGAGCAUGGUAGGAAUGAAGGGUUUUCCCAAUGAGAUAUAUGUAGAAACAGUGCCUAUAUGUACCCAACAAAGUACUCGGGCAGAACAGCAAGCUACAUAUAGGGCUGUACACCGGUCCAAAACCGGACCGGACCUGACCCGGACCUGAAUGGACCGGGACCUGAAUCCUUGAUUUUUUAAGGGCCGGAGACCGGAUCUGAAUCAACAGGUCCGGUUCCGGUCCAGACCUGAUAAAUCAGGUCCGGUCCGGGUUUGGACCUGAAUAGACCUGAUUAUUUUUUUUUUGAUUUUUUUAAAAUAAGAUGAAAGUGCUGACCUGUUUAGACCUGUUUGGACCUGUUAUGGACCUGUUUGGACCUGUUAUGGACCUGCUUGGACCUGUUUAGACCUGAUUGGACCUGUUUAGACCUGUUAUGGACCUAUUUAGACUUAUUAAAUAAAAAAAAAUAGUUUUACCGGUUUCAGGUCCGGACCUGAAAUUUCCGGGUUUUACCCGGACCGGACCUGAAACCUGGAAUCCUAGAAUUUCAAGGACCGGGACCGGACCUGAAUCUGCAGGUCCGGAUUAGGUCCGGUCCCAACAGGUCCGGUUCAGGUCGGUUUUUAGGUCCGGGCCAGUUUAUGUACACCCCUAGCUACAUAUGUCUCUGAUUACAACACCGCGUCCUUCCAAGAGCCCGCAAACCACAUUCCAUCGAAUGCAUAUGGGAUGGGUUCUUUCACUCGAAUGAUGCAGGACGACCAAUUUCACUUGCCUUUUAGUUCUCAUAUAGCUUCACCAGUACAUGCGGGGGGACGCGUGACAGUGUUCGGCCAGCCUGCUCCGUCGUCAUCGAACACCGUGGCAUCUUCGCCGAUGCAAUUGCAUAGCUACUCUCCUAUGCAAGGUGAUGAUGGUUCACCGUUUCGAGAAGAUCCAAAUGAUUUUGAUGAUGUUGUGAAUAAUGAAUUGUCGGUGUAUGAUGUGUAUGCGGAAAUGGAUGAUGAGGACGAGAACGGAGAGGGGGAUGAUGAACCUACACAGGUGGAAGAUGGUCAGCCGUUGGUUAGAACUCCCAUAUCUUGGUUCAGUGAGGUACCCGAGAACUAUGAAGUUGAUUAGUAUUGGUCCGAAUCGGGUAGCCACACCUCUUUUGUUCCCGGGGGAGAAUUUGAGAAGGGAAUAUAUUUUGAGAGCAAGAAACUGCUUCAAGAAAUGGUGAAGAUGUAUUCUAUUCAGAGGAAUCAAUUCUACACCACAGUGACCUCGAAUGAUGGUGUCCUACAUCUGCGAUGCAAGAAGAAAUGUGGUUGGAUGCUACGGGGUACCAAAUCGAGUGAGCACUCACGUGGUUUUACCAUAGUCACGUACAAAGGCCUGCAUCGGGAGACAUGUAUCAGUGAAGUACUAUCUAAUGAUCACCCACACUUGGAUUCGUCCGUAAUAGCCGAGUAUGUGAAGUCCUUUGUGCGGAAAGAUCCUUCGUUGAAAGUGGAAUUCAUACAGGAACUGAUCUCGAAGCAAUUUCAUUUUGAUGUCCCGUAUCGACGAACGUGGUAUGCCAAGGAGAAAGCUAUAGCUGAGAUAUUUGGGGAUUGGGAGAGUUCAUAUGGCAGACUUCCCCACUUCAUGCAAGCACUCCUACGGUCGAACCCGGGAACAUGUGUCGUAUGGAAACACAAAGCUUUAGUGGAUGGUGUAUACUACAGCAACAUGGAAGUGUUUGAACGAGUGUUUUGGGCCUUCGGUCCUUGUAUCGAUGGCAUUAAACAUUGUAUGCCUGUUAUCUGUAUCGAUGGGACGCACUUGUACGGGAAGUAUAAAGGAACACUGUUGGUUUCUACGAGUGUUGAUGCAAGCUUCCAAGUAUUUCCUAUUGCAUUUGCGGUGGUUGAAGGGGAAAACACUUCCAGCUGGUCUUGGUUCCUAGGUUGUAUUCGAGAUCGUGUCACGCAACGGGAUGACCUUUGUGUUAUUUUUGAUCGACAUCCUGGGAUCAUUGCAGCAAUGAAUGAUCCUAAUGUUGGAUUCACCCAGCCCCGAGCGUAUCACAGGUUUUGUGUCCGCCACAUAGCCUCUAACUUGAAGACUCACGUGCGAAGUAACGACAUGAGAGACAUGUUCAAGGCCGCUGCGUACCAAAGGCAAGAAAGAAAACUUCAAGCUGAUCUGUGUUUCAUUGGUGAGGCCUGUCCCAAGGCCAUUGAGUACAUUGCUCAAGUCCCGUUCCCUAUGUGGUCUCUGUUUCACGACAGUGGUCGCAGGUAUGGUAUAUGUACUACAAACUUCUCGGAGACAUUCAACAAUGUGCUGAAAGGAUCUCGGUUUCUACCGAUUAUGUCCCUUGUCGAGUUAAGCUUCCACAGAGUUAACAAGUAUUUCACUUUGAGAAGGGAGUCUUCUGAGGCUAGGUCUGAUCAAGGACUUCCAUACCCCCCAAAGGUCACUGCCAUCCUCGAGAAGAACACCGCUAAAGCCAGAUAUCAUAGAGUGGAUGCCUAUAACCGGCGAUUGCAUAUUUACCAAGUGACAACAGAGAGGGGAGAGAGAGUUGGUAAUAAAGGAGGCCACAAGCAUACGGUGAACUGGCAGUUGAGAACGUGUACGUGCAACAAACCGAAGAUAUUCCACCUCCCAUGUUCUCAUGUGCUAGCAGUCUGUGCUACAUACUCACUAUCAGAACGGCCUUGGGUGGACCCUCUGUUGCAGUCGGCCGCCUACAUGAACACCUAUGCACCACAAUUCUGGCCGAUCCCCGGCGAGACAACCUGGGCACAGUGGGCACAGUACGUAGGCCCUAAACUCAUUCCGGACGGCACAAUGAUACGUGGAAAAGGUCGUCCAAAGUCGAAGCGCAUACGCAAUGAGAUGGAUGACAACAACCGGCCCCCAACCAAAUGCAGUCGUUGUCACGAGCAAGGUCACAACCGCACUACUUGUCGAUCUAGACCAACAUAGGACCUAAGUGUAUAUGUGUUAUUUGAUAUAGUAGUAUGUAGUGGUGUUAUUUUGAUGAAACAGUUAUAAUUUUCUACAUUAUGUGUUAUUGUGUUCAAUUCGAUGAAUUUUAUUUUGUACGUUGGAUGUUCGAGAUUUCCUGUUUAUGCCUUUCAAUCGAAAUUAGUAUUCAAUAUAUUGUGUUAGUGUUUGGUGUGUAACGUUUUCAAUGAACAGAUAUCAUGGACGUACGGGAUAGGACACCCGGACCUGUUGACCCUUCUGUCCUGACACUACAGGACACCCAUCGGAGCGUCGACGUAUGGAACCUGACGGUAAUGAUUCAUCUUUAACGUUUUUGGAUUCUUUGAUGUACUAUCUUUUGUUACUUAUAAAUGCUCCUGUGUUUUCAGGGUGACGUAGCGAAGCCACUACAGUGCAGGCACUACAGGACCCCCUGGGUUGUCCAUGAUCGCUGCCUUGAGUACGUGACGUACGCUGGCUUUGGCGGUGUACAUCGCUUGGGAUUUAGGGAGAUCGACCGACACCUUGUCACGGCGUUAGUGGAGAGAUGGAGGCAGGAGACGCACUCCUUCCACCUACCAGUUGGGGAGGCGACUGUGACAUUGCGGGACGUGGCAAUACUGACGCGCCUUCCAGUACAGGGGACUGUGGUGACGGGAUCAUUUCUAGUCGAUCCCGUUGGAUUGGUUGUGCGGGUUCUCAGGGUGCAGCCGGGUCCCAACGAUGUUAGGGGCUCCGCCUUGAGGACGGUCUGGUUACGAGAUACUUUCCAGGGCUUGCCUGCGGACGCCGAUGACGCCACAGUACAGAGAUACACUCGAGCGUACUUGUUCUUCCUCAUAUCCGGCGUGUUGUCCGACAACAAGAGCGGGAGCCACUUGCAGCUUAUUUACCUACAGCUGUUAGACCACUACUGGGAGCAUAUCCGUGGAUACAGCUGGGUAGUGCCUCUUUGGCGGUGUUGUAUCGCCAACUUUGCAGAGCCUCACGGAGUGGUGCGCUCGAGAUUGGAGGACCUCUGUUUGUGCUUCAGGUAUACUACGUAUAUUAUCACAAGCGAAUUAUGCAAUGAGUAAUGUCAUAUUUAACAUAGUUUUGUGUUUUGCUAUUGAAGCUAUGGGCUUGGGAGCACAUCCACGUAGGAAGACCAGGUAGGCCUGCUGUACAUCGUCCGGGGCAGCAGGACCAGGAUGACCAGUAUGAGCCGUACAUCGCUCCGCCUCGCCCUGCAGCUGAUGAGGCUUACGGUUGCAGGUGGAUGGUCCCCAGACUCACACAGGCACAUACGGCGACGGGUCUCCCAUACUACCGAGACGCCCUGGAUCGACUCACUGAGGAUCAGGUACAAACUCUGAAGACAUUUGUAAUCAUUUAGGUACUGUGUAUACUGAUUGUGGACUAACUUGUUUAGGAUGUGUUAUUGCAGAUCACAUGGGAUCCGUAUGUACCGGAGUUGGUAGAUGUCAUGCCUGCACAUCUACUGGAGCAUCAGGGAGAGUGGCGUGCCCGGGUCCCCCUGACCUGUUUCGAGGUUGUGGAGAGUCACCUACCUGACCGCGUCAUGCGACAGUUUGGACUGCAGCAGCCUAUUCCCCAGAACUGUGACACUGACGUGCGCCUUCACGACAUUGACCGUCGGGGAAAGACGGAGACAAACUGGGCACUGGAGCAUUGGCAGUAUCUUCAGCUAUGGGAGCAGCGGUUGGGUCAUGUCGUUCAGGGUUAUCCCAUGCAGGGCGUUAUGGAUCAUGACGAUCCGUACAUGGUGUGGUACAGGCUUAUCACACGCCGUUUCAUCAACCCCAGCUACACACCACCGUCCACCCAUUACCACCCGGCACAUGACGUCAUUAGCGGAUAUGUGAGUUUCUUUUACUAUACUUAUCAUCCUCAUUUUUUAACUUUUUUAAAUAUCAUGUACUUGACUGAUCGAUGAUUACUACAGGCGGCGGAUAUGGUGGCGAUGUAUGAUGCACUGUCCCUCGCCCCUACAGACGGACCCACCAGAGCCUAGGUCCAGCGGAUGCGAGAUAUGUCCGCGACUUCCUUACGCAGACAUGGUCACGGUCAUCUCAUCCAACAGCGGGACGGUGAUGAUGGUCACUCCAUCCAUUCGCGGUUUGACCCCGGCCAGAGUAGCAGUGGAGGUGAUCCUACGUCGCACACAGAGGCAGAGGAGUACAUCUUCCAUAGUUCUGCACCCUUCAGAACCCAGGAGGACGCAUCGUCCAGCCAGCUCACUCCCCCCCCCCCCGCGCCGGAACCCAUUCACCACCAUUCACCAUUACACUCGGCGUCGUCCAAGACGAAGGGACGACAGUGAGGCUAGGGAAGGGUUACACCAAAUUGAUGAGUAGUGAACGUAUUGUAUCAUUGUUUUGUCCUUUUUCCUGGAAUGCUGUAUAUAACGAUUGCAUUAUCAAUAUAAGACAUGUUGGUUGAAUGAAUCUGUUUGUGUUUUAAAGUUUUGUUAGCUUAUUUAUCCAAAUCGGAUGUCAGUCAAAAUAGAUCCUUCAGGGCUAAUGUACAUUAAACAGUAGACAUUUGGAAUCCAUAGUCGAAAAUGGGGAAGAAAGGAUGGCCCGUGGUGGUUAAUGUGGUUGUUCAUGGUGGUUUUAGUGUUGUUGGUUGUGGUGGGUGGUUAUCAACGGUUGUUGAAUGGUUGGGGUUGGUGGUGGAGCUGGUUGAAGUGUUGUUGGAGGUCAAAAGUGGUGGCAGAUGGUGGUCGAUGGUGGGGGUUGUUGGUGGAUUGUGGUGGCAAGAAUCAUGGUAGGGGGUGGUGGGUGGGGGCAGAAGAAAGUGGCAGAUCAGUGGAAAAAGGCUGAUUCUGCUGCUGUUUUGCACACCAGCAGAGAAACGUUGUCCCAGACAGCGUUUUAGGUUGAAAAUAAGACGCUGUCUGAGACAGCGUUUUAGGUACAAGGAAGUUUGUACAUAAAGCGCUGUCUGGGACAUCGUCUUUCAUAUAACUGUUUUUGUUUUUUAAAAACAUUUUUAUAAAUAAAAGGCAAUUACA